AUGGCCGCACAAACCAACAGUAAUCUCACCACAGACGAGUCUGCUUUGCUUGCUCUCAAAGCCCUUAUCACCAGUGACCCUCAAAAGAUCAUGACCAACUGGUCAACGAACACCCCGGUUUGCAACUGGAUUGGUGUGACUUGUGGUGCACGCCAUCAUCGAGUCGCAGACUUGAACAUCUCUUACUUUAGUCUCACAGGCACCAUUCCUCUGGAGCUAGGCAACCUAUCAUUUCUUAUUCAGCUAAGCUUCAAAAAUAACAGUUUUCAUGGUUCCUUACCUACAGACUUGGCUCGUUUGCGCCGAUUGAAGUUCAUAAUUAGUUUCAAGUACAACAACUUUAAGGGAAUCAUUCCAUCAUGGGUUGGGUCCUUACCCAAACUUCAGAGGUUCAAUUUGUAUGGCAAUCAAUUUUCAGGGUUCAAACCCGCUACCAUCUUCAACUUAUCUGCAAUGCAAUUUGAUGUGAAGAAUGCCUUUUUACAUAGAGAGCUAUCUGAAGAAGUCUAUAUGGAUCUACCACCAGGAUAUGAGGCAAGCACAGGAGACUGGGCAGGUUGUGUUACAGAUAGAAAAUCCACUUCUGGUUACUUCACUUUUGCAGGUGGUAAUCUUGUUACUUGGAGAAGUAAGAAACAAAAGGUUGUGGCCAGGUCAUGUGUUGAAGCAGAGUAUAGAGAGUUCCAGCUUCCAGGCUCUAGCCACGGAGCCACCUCCAAGGCUCCAAUAGGUGCAAGCCACAGAGCCACCUCCAAUCGCUGCGAGCCACGGAGCUGGAAGCCACCUCCAAUCUCAGAGUUUCAGUCCACCGAGCCACCUUCUACUCUCACUCUCCUCGUCUCCCCGUUCAGAACUUCAGAUCAAUUUUGA